AUGGUACCAACAUCCAGAGCUGUGCGCAUACCAGAAGCCGGCUCAGAGAGUGAUACCCUCGAGAAAGUGAGUGAUUCGGGCAUUCGUGGCAAGAAACCUACUGACGGACGUGCAAGACUCGUCGAUAACUUGCAGACUCAGAUCGAUCAGUACCACUCUGUCUUCCACCGCCUGUUCCCAGGGAAGGAACUUGAGGACUUCCUUUCUCUUUCCCGAGAAGGGCUCAUCAACCUUGCGGUCACUCUGCCAGCACCGCAUGCCUCGCCGGGCGAUACUCCAGAUCCAGUACAGGUCCUUGGGGGUGCUGUACAGAAGUCUGAAGGAGCAGAAAGCCUUGAAGCACUUGAACAAGCACCAGAGCAGGAUCCUGAGACAGACGAGGCAAAGCGCUUGCGAGACAAGAUUCAAGGUAUCUCCGACGAUGUCAACGGGCUUUCGCUCUCAGUCGACCGAGCCUCGACCUAUGUUGGCAUCUCUUCCAUCAACGCAGCGAUGAAGGUCAUCUUCAAAGCGGCACCUAUCGCUCGACCGUUCAUUGCGCAGACAUCUGCCGAAAGUACUGAGCCCAGUAGAAGCUCUACUCCUCCACCUUAUGUCCUCGAUCCGGAUCCAUAUUAUCUUCCUCCUGCCGAUGUGGGCGAGAGGCUCAUCGACUCAUACUUCGCCCACAUCCACGUCCUGAUGCCCCUCAUCGACGAAGACCACUUUCGCCAUAGCUUUCUGUACGGGACCCGAAGAGACUCUCCAUGGCUGGCCCUUUUGAACAUGGUUAUGGCUUUGGGCGCACUUGCCAGCUCGACCUGUGAAAAUGAAGACCACAUUGCUUUCUACAAACGAGCGCGGGAACAUCUGACCCAAGAAGGCUUUGGAAGUGGGAACUUGUUCGUACUGCAAGCCUCAGCACUUCUCAGCGGAUACUACCUGCAUUGGCUGAAUAGGCCAAACGAAGCGAACGGCGUCAUGGGCGCAACAUUGCGAAUGGCGACCGCACAUGGCCUUCACAGGGAAUACAGCGACUCUCAUCGGUCGAAUGCUGCAGGAGGAACUGUCAUCAUGAGCGGCUUGGAAGUACCUGUCGAGAUCAGGAGGAGGACUUGGUGGAGCCUCUACAUUCUGGACUCUUGGGCAAGCAUCACGACUGGACGGCCAUCAUUAGGGCGAACCGGCGACGGGAUCACUAUCCUGGCACCGCGAAUACCCGAACAGAUGAACAAUGCUCAGUACCUGGCAUCACUCAGGCUACUGCCGAUCAUCCACAACAUCGCGUUUUGCAAGAUUGCCACAAAAGUGCAAGAUCUACUUGCUGCCCACUCAAUGAUUGGGUUUGACGAACUUUUUGCUCUGGACGCCGAGUUGGAGAAAUGGCAUGAUGACCUUCCGCCCAUACUUUCAGACGUCGUUGAACGGAACCAGCAGAAUGGAAGGAACGAACACUUCCACGGUGAAGUCAAACAUCUCUCUCCUCAAGCACCCAGCACCUCGACGAGCAAGGCCUCCUUUGAUUUCUCACAGCCACCAGAGCGGGAUAAGACCGCCUGUCCGGAGGUCCUGAAGACGCCGAGAGCGAUUAUGCACUGGAGGUAUCAAAAUUUGAGGAUCUUGAUGCACCGGCCUAUACUGCUGGCAACGGCCCUGAAGAGGACUCCGUAUACCAAAAGGUCUACCGAGGAGAAAUUAGCUGUUGGCCGAUGCCGUAUCGUUGCUGGUCAGACGAUUACCGAUAUCAACGAUACCGCGCAGGAGUCGCUCAUAUCCGGCUGGAACGCUGUCUGGAUGAUGUAUCAGGCUGUGAUGGUUCCGUUGGUCUCUCUGUUCUCAGUAUUGGCAUUGCCGCCGACAGCCGUCGCUGCAGACAGUCCCAACGCAACCCCUUCGGGCAGUGAAGGCUCGAUUAUUCCUGGUAGUGACGAUGAUGUCGACAAGUGGAGACGGGAAAUCGAGCUGUCUAUCGACUUCUUUGGCCGAAUGACCCGCUGGUCUGUAGCUGCGAGAAAGAGCAGAGAUGUUGUCCAACGACUGUACGACGCAACGAAAUAUGUCAGCGAGCAUCACGCUCAACUCCACCAACAACAGGAAGAGAUGAUGCAGAGGAAAGACUCCGUACCAGCCGUGCAACCCCCUGAAUCGACCAUGACGAGCCAAGGCACAUUGCUCAGCCCCAUAGGAGAAUCCUACGGAGUUCCAUUUGCUUCUCACGAUCAUGCUUUCGUACAACCACAGCCAUGGAUAACGAAUCCCAACGCCGAGGCCGCUAUGAAUGACUUCUGGGACGGCAUGAUGUGGGAGUCGUAUCCGGGCGAGUUGUCUGACGCUGCGAAUUUCGCGCAGAGUAUGGAGCAGAUGGAUUGGUGGCAGCAGGUGCCCGUUCCUGUUGAUCAAAAUUGGAUGCAAUGGGGACAACCUAACAGCAACAUACCGCCGUGA